UCCCCAGUCCGUGCACAUGGCUGAGAGCGAGGCCGCCGAGCUGUCCUGCCGCCGCCGCCGCCGCAGCUCGCCGGCGGCAUUUACCUCCCUACCGGACGAUGAAGGUAUGCUUCGGGAGAUCCUCCUCCGCCUCCCGCCGCAGCCAUCCUCUCUUCCUCGCGCCUCGGCGGUCUGCAAGCGCUGGCGGCGCCUCGUCACAGACCCCAAGUUCAUCGCCCGCUUCCGCGCCCACCACCGGAAGCGGCCCCUCCUCGGCGUCUUCCAGCACGGUGAUCAGGAUAUGGUGUUCACCCCUAUCCUGGACCCUCCCGACCGCAUCCCUCCUCGGCGCUUCAACCUGCGAAUCUGUGACGGCCGCGGUUACCUCGGAGCCCAACUGCUUGGAUGCCGCCACGGUCGCGUCCUCGCCAUAGACCAGGUGCGGGCAGAGGUUGUUUUGUUCGACCCCAUCACCGGCGAGCAGCGACGCUUGCCCGUUCCACUUCCACCAGGGUUCCAGAUACGGACCGUACGGUACCUCAACGGGGCAGUGGUCUGCGCUGCCGGCGACCAGGGCCACGUGCACGGCAGUUGCCGCUCGAGCCCCUUCAAGGUUGUCUUGGUGUUCAUGGACAGCCCUGACGGUCGACCCCGCGCCAGUGUUUACUCCUCCGAGACCGGCAUGUGGGGCGAUCUCAUCUCAGCGGAGGCUCCAUCUCCUGUUUCUUGUGGGGGUAGUGCUAGCAUCCUAAUUGGUAAUGUCCUUUACUGGCCGCUUAGUUUUAUGAUGGACGACAUACUUGAGUUUGAUCUGGAUAGGCAGCGCCUAGAUGUGAUCAAGGGGCCUCCCGGUAUGGAUGCGACCCAACGCCAUCAGAUCAUCCAAGCAGAGGAUGGCGCUCUUGGCGUCGCCCUAUUUACUGGUAUUAACAUCCAAAUGUUUCAGAGGAAAGUCAAUUGUCAGGGUGUCGCCACGUGGUUGUUGUGGAAGAUUGUUCACUCGCACCACAGUCUUGGAAUCCUUCCUAACAUUAAGAGAAAGAGGGGAUGGCUGGGCAAAUUUCUGGGUUACGAUGAGUAUACAAAUGCAAUGUUUUUAUUUGCGGUGGAUAGUGUCUACAUGGUUCAACUUAAGUCAUUGCAUUCCAAGAAACUUUAUGAAACCAGUUACAGCAAUGCCAAGCCCUGCCAUGCUUUCUCAAGUUUCUAUACACCAGGGACAGCCAUUACUGGUGAUGGAGCUGAAAUGUUGCACGAUAGCUAGAUGAAUUUCUGGUGUGAUGUGCUAAUUUGCUGAAAUGGUUCAACUGGUCCAGGAACGGCUUCUGCAGUUCUUGCUGUGUUUGUCACAAGUUCUUGCUGUGUUUGUCACACCGUAUCAACGUGGUUAGCACCUACCAGUACUUAUAAGUUAUCUGAAAGACUUACUGAAUGUGUGCCUUAGCCUGCCUAAGUUUCUAUUGUAAGAUGAUGUUGAACAACUAAUCCAGGGAGUUUCAGCUUCCCUAAUUAAUAUUUCAAGUUGGAUCUCGUUGUAUC